AUGCAGUUACUGAUCGUCUACCUUAGCGUCACGGACAUCUCUGUCGCUCUCUUCCACAUCCUACCGACCACCAUCCACAAGGUGUUCUUUUAUUUUCCAAACAACGUUCCCGUUUGCCGCAUUUAUCGUUUUAUAACUGUGGUCGAGCUGUAUGCCUCAUCCUUUGUCCUCAUCAUCACCGCCCUUGAUCGUUACAUUUCGAUCUGCCAUCCUCUGACUGCGCAUAUAUGGACUAACAAACGCGUGCAUAUGAUGACGGCCGGGGCUUGGUUGUGUGCCCUUCUCUGUUCAACUCCACAGUUCAACGUGAAACUGGUUAAAUAUGGCGAGGGUUACCAGUGCAAUCCGAACCUCCCAAGUGAACUGGAUGUGCUGGCCUACAGCUGGUGGGCCUUCUGCUCAGUGUUUUUUGUGCCGCUUCUCUUGCUCAUAUUCUUCUAUGGACGGAUCUGCUAUGUCGUAUGGCAGAGCAUGCGAGGGAGGGAAUGCGUCCAGUCGAUUAGUAACAAUGCAUCGUCUCGCUACAUCCGCAAGACGAACAAGUGCCGCAUUUCGUCACAGCCGUCAGAGAACCAGGUGAAGAAGUACUCGAAUAUGCACGACAAGAACGCUGUUAGAAAUCCACGUGCCAUUUGCCAAGGUGUUUCUAAAUCGAAAAUUAAGACCAUCAAACUGACCUUCUCAGUGGUCGCCUGUUUUAUUGCCUGCUAUACGCCAUUUUUUACUGCCAUGUUGGCCGGCAGCUACAAUUCGCUUUACAUACAAAAAGAGAGUGAGUAUUUAAUACCGCUUGUUGGUCUUACUUUUCCUUCUCUCUAA